GCUGACCCUAAGAAGGCGGUGGUCUCCAAGGCGAUGUAAUUUUCUAGCCACCCCCUCCAAUCGUAACAGAUUAAAAGUUUGUCUAUGUUUCACUUUUAUUCGAUUUCUUUUUAUGAGGGUUUUAGGCUUUGUUUGCAAUCACUUGAAAAGUGAUUUUGGCUUUUUUUUUUUUAAAAACACUUAUUUUACCAAACACUACCAACUUUUACUAUCUCGGUUUUUGUGUAGAAUCUACUUUUUACUUUUUUUCUAUUACACAAAAAGCACUUAUUUUACCAAACACUACCAACUUUUACUAUUAAUCUCUUUUUCCCAAAAAGUGCUUUUAUUUAAACACAAGUGGUUGCAAACAAAGCCUUAGUAUUGGUUCAACUUUUUCUUUGGCGAGGGCUUUGUUCGGUUCAUGAGGUGAGUGUGAUAUAUGUUCUUUGUCUAGCUAUGUCUAGAGUACAGCCGGUUUGUUUUUUGUCAUUAUAACACAUCGAGUGAUGAAUUUUCAUUGUUCAUGAUUUACAAGGCUGGUUCAAACUUAUUUUUCCUAGUCAUCAAUUAUUCGUCUUCCUCCUGAACCACUCUCUCAUAAUGAGAAAAAAAUAACGCUCAAUUGAAUCUCAUUUUCGGUGGAUGGUUAAACCGAUGAUUCAAACAAUUUCUACUUGGUAAAGUUUCCUUUGUUAAUUGCUAGUCAAAUAUGUUUGUCCUUUCUGAUGGUUGGUGAAGCCGAAUCUUUUAUUUGUAAUUUUUAUUUUUUUAUUUGGUGUAGCAAGUGCAAAAAGACUGUUGGACUAGAUUACAGUUUUAUGGAGUUAGGGAUCUGGAAUUAAUUAUUUGUUUUUUAGUAUGAUAACUCAUCCCGUUGUAGCUUAAUUAUUUAUUCUUUUGUUCAUUUGCUAUCAUUUAAAGAAUAAAUAAGUCAUUUUAUGUAAUAAAAUGAUUCAUCAUUGUACAGUGACUCUACACAUGGAUUUUAAUUAUGGAUUUUUCGAAUAUGUUUGUGAUAAUAUAGUUUGUAACUCAUAUAUAUGUAUAUAUUGCAGAAAAGCAUAUAAUGUUAAGGCCGCACACCUACCAUCCAUUGGAUCCUUUAUCCGGCGCCGAGAUCUCAGUAGCCGUUGCAACUGUUAGAGGUGCGGGUGACACCCCCGAGGUAAGGGAUGGAAUGCGAUUUAUUGAGGUGGUGCUGGUGGAGCCAGAGAAGAGGGUAGUGGCAUUAGCAGAUGCAUAUUUCUUCCCGCCAUUCCAAUCAUCGUUGUUGCCGAAAACAAGGGGAGGGCCUCCCAUCCCGACCAAGCUCCCGCCGCGCCGAGCUCGGCUCAUCGUGUACAACAAGAACACCAACGAGACCAGCGUAUGGGUGGUGGAGCUGGCUGAAGUGCACGCGG